AUGUCCUCAGAAAAUCAGAGAAUAUGCAAUCGACUACGUGAAGAUCGCGUCCACGGAUUAUCCAACAACCACGGUUUAUCACAGCGAACGCUAUCCCACCUACACGACAUGUGGGUUAUUGGAACAAAUGAAGUAGACAGUGAUAUGGCUGCUGUUUUGAAUCUUGGGCCAUCAUUUGCAAUAACACCGAAGCGCUUUGUGGAGUCCAUCAGUUUGCGUAUCAACUACGCUUGGAGGACACAUCGUGGACCAACUGUGCUCAAUCAACAUGAGACGCUAAUGUCGUUGAUGCCAUUCAAAGGAAAAUCCAUAAAAAUACCUCCAUCUUCACGCGACAUCGAUGCGAAAAUAGCAAAUUUAGAACACAACAUUCAAAGAAUCUACCGGAGCGCAAUGAGUGAGCCUUAUCACAGUAACUUGACACCAGCAGAGCGAAAAGGGCUGAAGAAGUUACUGGACGCGAAAACCACAUUAAGGUACACUGUGGGAGACAAAUGCGGCUCUUUUGUAGUGAUGCCUCAAACGAUGGAUAAGGCUAUAGCCGUUCGAGUGCUUUCGGAUACAUCUGUAUAUGAAGAAAGUACUUAUGCAGCGUUCGAAUCGGUAUGUAGAAGAGUUAAAAGUGCUACAACGUCGAUAGUGAAGAAACAUCUGAGUUCGGAAAUGGCAAAACGAUUGCAUGGUAUGGUUCCAGUAGUGCCAACGCUAUAUAACUUGGUGAAGACGCAUAAAAUUCCAUCAACGGCUGACACAAUGUCCCUGCAGCUUAACGAA